UGCAGAAAAGUAUGGAUUGGAUAUACACUCUGAUUUCACACGUUCUGAUUGGCUUAUUGAAUUUCGGGAUGAAAUCGACGUGGUGCAGCAGCAGCAUUCGACUAAAGCACAUGCACGGCAGGCGCGUUCCAUUCAUUUCGCUCGGUCGAUCGACAUCACAUGCAAGGUUGGGACAGGAAGAUCUUAGGAAUGUGCGCGGGAUGUCCUCCUAGGCGUAAGAAGCUGGACAGUCGAGGGGAUGCUUGUCCAGCUGGCCGACAUGCAACCGGUUGAGGUACCGCCGCGUUUGCUCCAAGGUGAGGUGGUGUGUGAACCUCAUCAACACCAUCAGCACGAUGCAGCAGUUGAACAUGAUGAUAUAGAGCGGGGCGUUCACGGCGACUUCCGCGGAACCUUUCGAUGGUGGAAACGUCGGCGAUGCGUACGGAGUCCACAACAUCACCACGACACCAUGAAGCACGAACGACGCGACGAGGGCGGCCAGCAGCAACCGUCCCACUCGGUGUUCAUGGACCCAGUACGUUAGACAGAGGAGCGUAGCGCCAGUGGACAUGACCGCAAGUGUGAAGAUGGCAACGAGGAGUGCGUUGCAGACCUGCAUCACGCCAAUGCACACGUCUUGCUCGAUCGCGCGAUUCAGGACGUCCAGUACACCUCCUGCUUGCCCCUUGGCUGGGAUAGAGGUUCCACAGAAUGCAUCAAACACGAAUAACUGCAUGACCUUGACGUCGUGCGACGACGUGGACGGGUACGCAGAGGAAUACGUCGAGCAUACGUUGUCGACGCAGAAUUGUGUGGGCGAAAAAUGGAGGUGCACGACUGUUGUGUCACGAUGUAGGGUUGCGGACGUCCACCCGGUCGAGAAGAGCACGUAGCCCAGUAAGACGGUGGAUGUGAGAUGCAGCACGAUCCCUGGAAACGUGUCAGCGCAUGAAGCUGGACGAGCAACAUGCACGUACAUACCGAAGCUGCCGCACCAACUGUGCAUGGUAUUUAUUGCUGGAUGUUGUGGAAAAUGGCAGCGGUCACG